AUGGUUGUCUCAAAGCCUAAGACCCAGAAAACUCCCUCUAAAAAGAAGCAGGCUGUAAAGUUCAGCAUUUGUAGCUCACCUGGAGUUAUCGAUGAAGAUAUCAUAAGCCCAGCUCUACUUGAAAAAUACUUGAAGGAGCAUAUUAAAGUGAAUAAAAAGUUGAACAAUCUGGGUAAAGAUGUUCACAUUGAUCGAGACAAGUCCACCAUAAAUGUAACAUCCAACAUUCCAUUCUCUAAAAGCUUCGUGACUUCCUGCGAGUAG